AUGGCAAAUGAAAAUUACACAGUAAAAAAUGUAGAGAGCUUUAUAAUCACUGGAUUUGAUCACCUGCAAAACCAAAAAUUCCUUGGAUUUCUAAUUUUAUUAAGCUACAUGCUCAUACUGCUUGGGAACAGCAUCAAUCUGUGCAUCAUCUUGACUGACAGACAUUUACACAAACCAAUGUACAUAUUAAUCUGUAACCUUGCUGUUGUCGACAUCAUGUACUCCUCUACCUGCGGCACAACCAUGAUCUCAGUGCUGCUGGCUGAGAUUAAAACCGUUUCAUACUACUCUUGUAUCUCAAGGAUGUUCUUCUAUCAUCUUGGUGAUGUCACAGAAUGCAUGACUCUGACCCUGAUGGCAUUAGACCGACUUAUUGCGAUUACUUUUCCAUUAAGGUACCACAGCAUUGUAACAAACUGGCGAUUAAUUCUGUUUAUUUUAAUAACCUGGCUUGCUGGAUUCAUUGUGAUAGGUGUUAUUACAUAUGUUGCAGACAGUCUCCCAUACUGCCAGUCCAAGCCUGUCAUCAGAUAUGUGUUUUGUGAGGAUCCUGCUUUGAUCAGAGCUGCUUGUGUUAAUCCUGAACCCUAUUUUUUCAUGCCUGUAAUGUUAAGUUUGUGGCUAAUGUUCGGACAGUUUCCCUUUAUUUUGUGCACCUAUGCUGUGCUGGCAUACAGCGUGGCCAAACUCUCCAACAAUGCAAGCAAACAUCAAAUGAUCAGUACAUGUUUAAGUCACCUUAUUGUGUUGUUUAGUUAUUAUGCACCAAAGCUAGUCUCUAUUGUACUAACUCGAAUUGGAGUUGUGCUAACUUUAACAGAACGAAAUGCAAUAAUGAUUGUUGCCUCUCUGGUUCCACCUCUAAUAAACCCCGCUGUUUACUGCAUCAGAACGAAAGAGAUCAGAAAACGAUUAGCAGAUGUGCUUAUGGGUAAAAGAGUUGCACCGCUUCCUUUCAAGCCACGUUCAUUAAAUUUGUCAUAG